AUGCGAGUCUUAGGAUUAACUUCUCUCGUACUACUUAUUACUUGCUCGAGUAUUAGUAUCGCUCAAAACAAGCAUGACUCGAAUGCUGCUGCCGCUAUCCCUCCAGGGGGCGAAGACUGGAUAAAUUUUCAGCCUCUUCGAAAAAGGCUCGAGGCAGAGGCUACUGCCAAAAACUCUCUGGACUCCAGAUCAAACGGCCUUCCUAGGCCGGCCCUAAAAAACGCAAAAUCACGGAAGCGGCGAGUCCGCUUCGAUGAAGGUUCCAUAGCAGCCACCAGCUCGGGAAACCAUGCAGACAUCCCAGAAACCAAGCGAGUCCGGUUCGACGAAGACUCCAUAGUGGCCGCCAGCUCGGGAAACGGUGCAAAAAAAGACGCCAAGUCGUGCCGAGAGUAUAGCAACGAGGCUCAUUUGCGAUGUACCUCGUUCUACUGGGGGUCAGAUUCGUCCGACGACGAGCCGGAACAAAAGUCGAAAUCGACGAAGAUAAACGAAGCUGGCGAAUUUUGCGAUUCCCCCACUCUCCCCCCCGCAGACAGGGCUUUGAAGAUUGUGAACCCCCGUCCGGCUCUUAAAGGUUCCACAGAUACGGUUGUCGUAGAUUCAGAUCCCGUGGAGAUCUUGGAAGAAGAAGACAUUGUGCGAAAAAAGUGUCCCACGAGAAAUAACUCUCCGGCUCGUCAGGCACCGCAUGAGAAAUUUUUUAAUAAGAUAGGAAAGAGGCAAGGGUGGUGCGAAAAUACAGAUGUUUGUUUCGUGCAGUUUCCUGAGCUGCGCUGGCACCGGAAAAACUCGGGUUUGUACGAUACAGUUGGGUUCCCAUGCGACAAGAGAUAUGGUGGCUCGUGCAGAAAACAUCGAGGGAGGUGCUUUUUUUAUCCGAGGGUAGACUACGCGGUUUGCUCAGGGGUAAUGAGCUCAAACUAA